ACCAUAACCAUCUGCAGCGCGGCGGCGGGACCUGCCGGGACCCUCGGCCACCGCCGCCCGGCCGCGGCCAGGACCCCGAGUGCACGGCCGGAGCGGAGCCCCGGAGUGACUGCGGCCGCCGCCCACCCGCGGACCCCGCGAUUUGAAGCUGUCAGAGAUGACUCUGGUUCUGUCCAUGAAUAGAUUCUGUGAGCCCAUUGUCUCAGAAGGCGCUGCUGAAAUUGCUGGGUACCAAACACUAUGGGAGGCUGAGAGCUACAGAGGCCCAAGCCCCCCUGGGCCAGCACAGGCUCCUUUGCAGGGAGACCGGGGAGCCGGUCCCCCGCUGGCAGGAUCACAUUACAGGGGAAUUUCAAAUCCUAUAACAACAUCCAAGAUUACAUACUUCAAGAGGAAGUAUGUGGAAGAAGAGGAUUUUCACCCACCACUCAGCAGCUGUAGCCAUAAAACCAUCUCAAUUUUUGAGGAACGAGCCCACAUCCUUUAUAUGUCCUUAGAAAAGCUAAAGUUUAUCGAUGACCCUGAAGUAUACCUCCGAAGAUCCGUUCUCAUAAACAACUUGAUGAAGAGGAUCCAUGGCGAAAUCAUCAUGCAGAGUAACUGGUGCUUCCCUGCCUGCUCUUUCGGCAGCACCUCUGCCCAAGAGUGGUUCAUGGCCCAAGACUGUCCUUACCGAAAACGACCCCGCAUGGCCAAAGAGGAGUGCGAAAAGUUCCAUGCCUGUUGCUUUUACCAAGAAUGUGGAGGCCACUACCUAAACCUGCCCCUUUCUGUCAAUGCUAGUGUCGGAAGUGCCUCCACUGCCUCUUCCUCCUCCUCUUCCUCUUCCUCCUCUUCCUCUUCCUCUCCCCCUCUGCCUUUGCCAAGUUGUUCCCACCAGGUGGAUUUCGAUGUAGGCAGUGCACCUGUAUACAAGAGUGAUGGCCAGAUACUCGCCAAUGAAAUCUUUGAUACAAAUGUCAGGUCGCUUGGUGUUCACGAAAAGGCCAAAUUAAACGAUGAGGAGGCAAACAGCAACGCUAACAGAGAUGGUGACCUUCUCGGCCACGAACCUGUGGGCAGUGACCUUGAUUUUGAGUGCAAAGGCCAAUUUUAUGAUUAUUUUGAGACUGGCUAUAAUGUAAAAAACAAUAUAAGUGAGUCUUGGAAAAAGUCUUUAAGGAAAAAGGAACCUUUACCAAGUAACAAACUGUGCUGCAGCAAAGCGAGUAAAAUAUGAGCCAUCUUUUCAUCGAAACUUGGAAGCAUGCACAGCAUGAUCAGUUAUCUCUCAUACAUUUUAUUUUGAAUGGAUUUUAUAGUUUUGUACAACUGAUAAAAUUAUGCCAUGAACAUGCUGUGUCGUGUCAAUGCCUGGAGAGCAGAUUGCGUAAAACAUCUCUAUCGUAGGCAUCAGUGAGCUACUUGGGAUGGGAUGAUUUUACCAAGAAAACAGUCAACCUAUGCUUCAAAGUAUCUCUUAGGUUUCUUACAAAAAAAAAAAAAGUCACUAGAUUAGAUUGGGAAUAAUAUACCCUUGUGAUAUUUCUGUUGCCCCCAGGAGCCUGUCACUAGUGGAAAAAAGUUCAACAUGUUUGCCAGUUGAUAAGCACACAAUGUAACCAGCAAAGGAUGUCUGCUUCUUCAGUGGGAUACAGUAAUUUUUUCUAAAUAAAAGACUGAGACAGGGAGUUAGUAAAACGGCUUCAUGGUGCUGUUAAGUAUCUGUAUUUAACAGUCUCUGUUACACAUGAAAAUAGGAUGGUACACAAUGAAAUAUACCUGUCAGGGGCUACACUCAGUAGUCUGCACAGGGGAUUCCCUGUAAGUUCCCACUAGCCUGGGAUGGGUGAGGAGGCUUUGAAGGAGGAGGUAUACAGGGCGAUUUUUGGUGCCUUACUUUAUCUUAAUUUUUGCCAGUGUGAAAAUUAAGAAUAAAUCAGAGUUACAGCAGGGAUUUAACAAACAGGAAAAAAAAAAACACAGGGUGGAUCCAUAUGGUUUGGAAACUGUUAACUUUGAACUGUUAUGUUCAACUUUUGAUUCAACAUCUCUAUAUUUCCUUUAAUUUUGAUGCCCAGUUGCUUUGGGUUUGGCAUUUUUGGAAUCGGAAUGGAGGAGACAAUAGAGACCUGUUAGGAUCCAGCACUAGCUAUGUGAGCUUUUCUAUGGCAGCAGUCUGUUGCUGGGGUCUGGGAGUUUUGGGUUAUGGGUUGUUUUCUUUUGUUUUCUUGUCCAAUGAAGUUCAUGAACCCCGUGGCAUGCAUUAUACUUUAAUCUGUUUUGCAUCAUUUCAAUCAUUUAGAUUAUAAAAGCAUGUGGUUUUUUAUAUAUGACUUUUGCUGUUGAUUAAGAAGCACAAUGUUAAUAAAUGAUGUGGUGAUCAAUAAGGUUUAUCUUAAAGAAUGUAAAGAUUUUAGUUUUUGGAAAGUUAUUUUGGAGAAAUGGGACUCGGUCUGUAAUUGUGAACUACAUAUUUGGCCAACAUUCUUCCCAGUGAUGUCUUGAAUUUCUGCUUUUGCAAGAGUGUCCAGGGUGGCUCUCUGAGCAGCCCUCACGCCAACCAGCUCCUCCUGCUCACUAUUCCCAUUGCCAAGGUUACUGACUGACUUGGAUUUCUUUACACAUUACUUCACAGAAACUAAAUGCCAAAUGGAGGAAGUCAGAAAUUCCUCCCAGUUUCUCCAAGAUAAAGUUUUUUUAUUAUUGCUAUUAAUAUUAAAUAUAGGUCUCAUUCAUACAGUGUAUGAGUAGGAUCAUUUGGACAAUUGUCCACAAGGACCAAUUUUUAAAACAUGUUAUUGUGUUAUAGCUCAAUAGUCUAAUAAUGUUUUGUCCUUUAUUUUCAAUAUUCGAUAAACAUUUGAUGUUGAAAAAUUAGAUGAUAGAUGCUUGUAUAUGAAUGUGUUGUAAUAAAGUGAGGUUUUCCUGAUAUAUAUUUAUUAAAAUGAUGAAAAUUC